CUCUGUUCAUUGGACUUGUUGUGGAUUAACCUACUAGCUCAGACAGAUUGGAAAGACUUGCUGUUCUCCAUACUUGGCCCUGGAGGGAUGCUGCAAAUGUUGAACAUUUUAAAUAUGAACAACAAAAAUCAACUUGACAUCUGUCAGCUGGGCCCGAGCAGUUUUUCCACCUGAGUUUAAUAUCCCAGGUAAGAACCUGUUACACUCUCCUUGCUUUCUCCAUCCUAGCCUGCUCUGUUCCACACCCUCUUCUCCAGAAUCUCUAUCCCCUGAUGGGCGCGAUAUCAGCCAGUGCAAGUGGACCACCAUUUCAGCCCACAUCUCAGCCCUAACAGCAGUCCUCACCAUGGAGAUGAAACAACCAGUGAUGAUGAAUCGAGAAUAUGAGAGCGAGCACGAGAAAGAACAGGAGUCGCAGGAGAAUGGCAGGCUGGUUGCGGACAGUGUUGAGGACAAGGGUCCGAAAUCAGGCUCAGGUCCUGGGCAGGUCUCCAACGGCUACCCUAGCACAUCCCCACAAAGCCCCAGAGAAGAUGCCAGUGCUGGGACGGACAGAGGAAGCACCUCUGGAAUGUUCAGGACUCUGGUGGUCCAGCAGACCAGUCUGGAUCCACCUAGGGAGACCUGGAGCAAAAAGAUGGAUUUCCUGCUCUCUGUCAUCGGAUAUGCAGUGGACUUGGGAAAUGUGUGGCGUUUUCCUUACAUCUGCUACCAAAAUGGAGGCGGAGCUUUUCUCUUGCCGUACCUGCUGAUGGCUGUUUUUGGUGGCGUGCCUCUGUUCUACAUGGAGCUGGCGCUGGGCCAGUUUCACCGCAGUGGGUGUAUCUCCAUCUGGAAACACAUCUGCCCCAUCUUCAAGGGUAUAGGAUUUGCCAUCUGCAUCAUUGCACUCUACAUUGCCUUCUAUUACAAUACCAUUAUGGCCUGGGCACUCUACUACCUCCUGUCCUCUUUCCGCGCCACACUGCCCUGGACCACCUGCAACAACCAGUGGAACACUCACAACUGCACCCACUACCUGUCCACUGACUCGAAUGUCUCCUGGACCGAAAAUUCCAUCUCUCCCGCUGAGGAGUUCUAUAUACGGCAAGUGUUGCAGGUACACUUGUCCCCUGGUCUUCAUCAGCUGGGUGGGGUGAGCUGGCAGUUGGCCCUCUGUCUGCUCUUCAUCUUCACUGUUGUCUACUUCAGCAUCUGGAAGGGUGUCAAGACCUCCGGCAAGGUAGUGUGGGUGACGGCUACCUUUCCAUACCUGGUGUUGUUUAUCCUAUUGAUAAGAGGAGCCACACUGCCCGGAGCAUGGAGAGGAGUGAUCUUUUACCUGAAACCUGAUUGGAGCAAACUUCUCACCACAUCAGUUUGGCUUGAUGCAGCUGCGCAGAUCUUCUUCUCUCUGGGUCCAGGCUUUGGUGUUCUCUUGGCCUUUGCCAGUUACAAUCCCUUUCAUAACAACUGCUACAAAGAUGCAUUAAUCACAAGUUCAGUUAACUGUUUGACCAGUUUCCUGUCAGGCUUUGUGAUCUUCACAGUGCUGGGAUACAUGGCUGAGAUGCGCCAGCAAGGGGUGGAAACUGUAGCUAAGGAUGCUGGUCCCAGUUUGCUCUUCAUCAUCUAUGCUGAGGCUAUUGCCAACAUGCCAGCUGCCACAUUCUUUGCCAUCAUAUUCUUCCUCAUGAUAAUUAUGCUGGGACUGGACAGCACGUUCGCCGGUCUGGAAGGGGUAAUUACAGCCAUGUUGGAUGAGUUCCCCCACCUGUUGGCCAGGAGGAGAGAGUGGUUUGUGCUGGGUCUUGUGUGUGUCUGUUAUUUGGGCGCCCUCUCUACUCUCACCUACGGAGGUGCGUUUGUUGUUAAACUAUUUGAGGAGUACGCCACGGGUCCUGCGGUUAUCACUGUAGUCUUCCUCGAAGUCAUUGCUGUUUCCUGGUUCUAUGGGAUGACACGUUUCUGUAAUGACGUGCAGCUGAUGCUUGGCUUUUCCCCUGGUGUGUUUUGGAGGGUCUGCUGGGUAGCCAUCUGUCCUUGCUUCCUACUGUUCAUUAUUGGGAGUUUCCUGGCCUUCCCUCCAGAGGUAAGGCUGUUUAACUACCUGUACCCUUUCUGGACCACGGUACUGGGCUACUGUAUUGGGGUUUCCUCCUUCAUCUGUGUGCCUUCCUACAUGGUCUACCAUCUGCUCACCACCAAAGGGACCUUCAAACAGCGUCUGCUAAAGAGCAUCACUCCUGAGGCUCCAGGGUCCAGCGGCUUUCACAGAGACACAAUUGUCGUCACCAAUGCUGUGUGACACUAAGACAUUUCGCCCUCUGCUGGACAAGAGCACAAACACAGGGGACCCGUGGCCCCUGUAAGGGCCCCAGCCGAUCUCCCUUCACACCUCAUCCCAGAGGAGUCUGCUACCUGUACUGUGUGAUGGUGGGGCCAGGCCUCUGAAUACAGCAAUUGUUUAAUUUUUAUUCAUGCCAUGCCUCUGUCAUCGCUCAUGAGUUACUGUCUGCCGUGGCUUUAAAUUCUUGAGAUGACUGAGUUUUGUCUUUCCGUCAACUUUUGUUCACCAUAACCAAUAUUUUCAUGACUAUGGCGUGAAUUUAUGACUAUAUUUACAUCUGGUGAGCGUGGUUUGGGUUUGGAUUGGGAACAGAAAUAGUUCUAUUUACUUUAUAUAAUAUAAACUUUAUAAAGAUUGUUUUUAAGUAUAAUUUGGCUAUUAAAUAGAAUUUAAAUAUGUUCCAAAAUAUAUAAUGAAUAUAUAAAGAAUUAAAUUAUGGUUUUACAUUUGUGACCAACUUCAGGUAUAUUUUACACAUGCUUAUACAGUUUGAGGCCAAAAAUGAAUUGUAUGAUCUUUAUUUUUAUUACAAAGAGGCUUUGUGUGGUUAGGGACUGAUUAUUGAUAUAUUGUCAUGGUUUUUUAUGUGUCAUUUAUAAGUUUGUAUGUGCUUUACAUUGUUUUUAUGGAGGACGGAGGAAUACAACAGAGAGAGAAAUAUUUUUGUGAGAGAAAGGGCCCAAAUAAUUGUAAUUUUGGUUGUUCACAUGUAUUUGUUUUUUUGCACAAGUAUGUUUGUAUUUGCAAAAGUGAGUGUGUGUGUGUGUGUGUGUGUGUGUGUGUGUCCACGUCCACCAGUGUUUAGCCUACAUUUGGCAGGCAUGUUCUAACUGUCAGGCAUAUAGUUAAAAUAUGUUUUAAUUUGUGGAACAGUAGUGGUAUAUGAUUCACAUAAUUCUUAUUUUAAUUAUUUGUGACCGGAUCUCUUUGUCUGCCUACCCAGCUCCCAUUUACAUGUACUGUAGCAUUUACAAGAAUGUAACCAAAUAUUCAGGAUUUGGGGGGACCAAAUAUUUUCAUCACUGAUAAACCCAUAUUGGUCGACUACUAAUUGACCACGAAUAUCGGGGAGUAGUGACUCCCUCAUGACUGGUUACGGCCUUGAGCAUUUAUUUACAUACUUCUUUAUGUGAGUUACACAAAGUAGCAGAAACCAAAUACUAAUGUGCUUGUUACAAAUGCUUCAGCCAUUAUCCUCAAGAUUUUUAUUUAAUAAGAAAAAAGGUGUGACUGGACAUCCCAUUAUGUACACGUGUAUUUUGUGAGUCUUGCUAUUCUUGUGGUCCGGCGUUCUGUGAUGACUUGUUCAAUUAGUAGAGUGGGAAAACAUGAGAACGUCGAUUUCUCUGUCAAACUGACAUGUGUGAGCUGUACAUUGAGGUAGAAUUAAAAAGCCAUGGUCACCUCUGUCAGUGUGUGUGCAUGCCUUAGACGUAAGUCUAUAUUGCGCAUCUGUGUGUGUGCGUGUGUGUGUGUGUGCUUCAGUCCAGUGCUGAUCUUUCCCUCUUCUUUCUCAUCAGAAUUUACUAUUCUGUCUAUGAAAGUAUUGAAAAUCUAUUGUACUUUAUAAAGUCUAACUAUGAUCUAUGUAUGUCCACAAGACUGUUAAGAGAAAGCAUGUAUAAGACAAAGACAUAUAUGAAAUAUUAGAGAUAUAAAAUAAAAGUAUAUGUAUUAAUAA